AUAGGGAUCGAAUCACUUUCAGCGGACCACCUCCUUCAUUGAUUUAUCAGUUUUGACGCCAGCCAUUGGAUAAAUCAUCUCAUCGUGACCCCGUACUGUCACUAGAAUGCCGUUCGUGUCCGCCACGGAGAAGUGGAUAUGCCAGCGAGUGGGUAUCUCACAUGCCGAAACCGUUGACGUGACUGUCUUGACACUGCCGGGCAGCUAUCGGGAGAAGAUCUGCGAGCUCAACAGGUCAUUGAUCAGUUUCACGUCGCUACGGAAACUGGACUUGUCGAACAACGCGCUGACUAACCUGGAUGGACUGGAUCGACUGACGGCGCUGGAAACACUCAACCUCUACAACAACAGCAUCUGUGACAUUCGCCACAUACACACACUGAAACACAACACAAGCCUGCAGGACCUGGACUUUCGGCUCAACCCGGUGACAACCAACGAGACAUGCUACCGUCUCCUGGUCGUGCACCUGCUGCCAAGACUGAGAGUGCUAGAUAAACGAUCUGUUGGUAAGGAUCGCCAAGCUGCAUUGCAACACUUUGCCACCGAUCAGGCUAGUCCGACUGCUCUUGCCCAGCUGGCCGACGACGUCGCAGUGACCGUAGCGAUGCCACACCAACCGCCGCCACCGCCCAGCACAUCAGUGCGGGACCCGGCUACGCGACUGGUCCGCAGCGACCAAGGUGCACAAACAACUGCGUCACGCCGACGCUUGGUGGAGUCGCUCGCCUCUCAUCCCACCGCCCUGGAUGAAGACAUUACGUCGCUGGUCGACCGCGUACAGCAGUGCGGCGGAGAUCUGACCCGACCACUGGCAAGGACAGGGAAUGUUGCUGAUCAUCCCACCGCGGUCGUUGAAAUACCGAUACAGGAUCGUGCAUCGCCACCCUCGGCUACACUGCCAGAACAACCGUCCACACGACUAGCCGCUCAUCGCCAGUGUACAGAGCCAGAGCCACCAUCGGCCACAGCAAACACAGGUAUUAAUCACCAGCACGGCCGUCGUCAGCUGAUCCGCUACAAUGCCGACAACGCGGCUGCCCCGUACCACGUGACGGGGCACGCUACACUGCAACCUCGGCAUGUGCCGCUGCCGACCACCGUAUCCCCGGACGACCAGCAGGACAUGGUGGAGCAUCGACCAAGAACGAAAACCUUGAACGAGGCACAGACAGCCGGUAGCGGAGAUGCAAUUGAUCACCUGAUUGCAUCAAUACGGCGACUGACACCAGGAUCUACGAGGUCUAUUGAAGGAGGGAAACAGCUACGUGCUGAAGUAGUCUCAAUGCUACACAGCCCCGAUGUCUGGAGGACACUGGUGCGAGAACGCCAGCAGCAGCAGCAGCACGAUAGCAGCAAGACUCGGCAGCAACACUUUAGCAGUGGCGGUGACGCCCAGCAACAAGUCGGCACCAGUUACCAUGGUAACCAAUGUGAUCACCAUGGUAACGGUGCUGGUGACCCUGCUUCAGGUCAGCCCCCUAGUGACCAACAGCAGCAGGCGGCGGAGGAGGAGCGGCCGUGUCGGCGCUGCUCCAGACUGCAAGAACAGACGGUAGCAAUGGAGAAGACUGUGACCUUGCUCAAGCAGGAUGUGCUAAAUAUGGUGGCAAGUGCCGAGACUGGAGAGCGAGCGCUGGCAGAUGCCCGGACGAAGAUACACAAGCUCAAACAGAAGCUCAAGCACAGCAGAUCGACAAUGGCCGAGUCGCAUGCGGCGCACCAGCAGCUUCCCGGCCUUCAACAAACCAUCGCUGCGCUGCAGGAGUGCCAAAGUGCGGUGGUGAGUUGUAAUGACCGGCUACUUCAGGAGAACGAGGACCUGCGCGAGCAGCACCGGGUGGAGAUGGACGAACUGCACUGGAGUUACCAGAGACAGCUGCGCGUGCUGAAGAAGACGGCAUCGGCAUCGUCGGCGGCGGAGAGAUCGACGUCACCACCGUCGUCAUCCUCGGCAACAUCUGGCCAGCACUGACGAUCACAUGCACAAAGCCAUUGGCCUAUACCGGAAUGUGCCAGCAAGACCACUACGAGCAGCAAUCUGGCUACACAUGAGCAGUGCUCUGUGUGCGAGGCCACACAUGAACAGUGCUACAGCGUAGAUCUAUGAGGCUACACAUGAACAGUGUUCUGAUGUGGGGCUACACAUUACUAGGCACUCAGUGCCCUGCGUGUGGUGACACACGUGAACAGUACCCUGUGUCAUCCUCGGCAGCAUCUGGCCAGCACUGACGAUUGCAUGCUCAAAACCACUGGCCUGACUACAGCGGAAUGUGCCAGCAAGACCUCCACCACCAUCGCCACCACCGGUAGCAACCUGGCUAGACAUACACAGUGUUCUGCGUGUGAGGCUACACUUGAACAGUGUCCCGGUGUGUGGGGACACCACGAACGGCAACCCGGUGUGUGAGGGUACAUACAAACGGUGGCCGAUGUACAAACCUACUUCGAAGUACACGUGAACAGUGCUACAGCGUAUGAGGCUAGACGUGAACAGUGCUACAGCGUAUGAGGCUAGACAUGAACAGUGCUACAGCGUAUGAGGCCACACAUGAACAGCGUUCUGAUGUAGGGCUACACGUUAACAGUACCCCGGCGUGUGGCGCUCGCUACUCAGGGCUCUUCUAUUGCACGUGCUGCCAGGCUGCAGACAGGAACUGACGCCCAGUGUUGACGGAAUGGGCCAGGCCUCGUGACAUGACGGCAAUGAACUACUGUGCAUGCAGUGCCGGUGCCGUACCGGGGGGCUAACACGAAACCAACGCACGUCAAUCUACAAUGUAAAAUGUAAACUGUAGAAUUGUACAUGCAGUCAUAUCCAGGUCUCCACAUCAGGUAAACCUACGCGACGCACACAUGCAAGUUGCCUGAACACAAACGUUCUGCUCUAUAGCUAUUCAAUUCACAACAGAUGAACUCUGAGACUGAGGAUUACUAAACUAUGCUAUUACAUCAUGCAUUACAUCAUGCAUAACAUCAUGCACCCUUGAUAUACUCGCAUCAUAAUUAUCUCUCUUAUCCCGACAACCCGCCGCGCCGGGGCACCCUUUGAGCAAGCUUUAUAGUGGAAUUAUUACUAGUCUUCUGCCACUUUCGUGAACAUCACAGGCCGGCCCUAUCAUCUGGCCUUUCACCAUCAAAAGUUCAAUUCAAAACGCACGUGAUUCGGA